AUGUUCUUUGCGUCAAGAUAUGUCCAGGAUCCCUUGCCUAGGUCGUAUAGGAUGCCGGAGAAUUCAAUUCCGAAGGAAGUGGCCUAUCAAAUAAUACAUGACGAAUUGCAACUGGAUGGGAAUCCAAGGCUUAACUUGGCCUCUUUUGUCACCACCUGGAUGGAACCCGAAUGCGACAAGCUCAUGCUGGAAUCUAUGAACAAAAAUUAUGUUGACAUGGAUGAGUACCCCGUCACCACUGAGCUUCAGAAUCGAUGCGUAAAUAUGAUAGCAAAUCUUUUCAAUGCCCCCUUAAGGGAUUCAAAGCAAGCAGUCGGAGUAGGAACAGUAGGUUCUUCGGAGGCCAUCAUGUUAGCGGGAUUGGCUUUCAAGAAGAAGUGGCAGAACAAGAGAAAGAUAGAGGGCAAACCUUUCGACAAGCCUAACAUUGUGACUGGUGCCAACGUUCAGGUUUGCUGGGAGAAAUUUGCAAGGUACUUUGACGUGGAACUGAAGGAAGUAAAACUGAGUGAAGGCUGCUACGUCAUGGACCCUAAGAAAGCCGUGGACAUGGUGGAUGAAAAUACCAUAGGUGUUGCGGCUGUCCUUGGUUCCACCCUUACAGGAGAAUUUGAAGAUGUGAAGCUCUUGAAUGAUCUUCUGACUGAGAAAAACAAGAAAACUGGGUGGGAUACACCAAUCCAUGUAGAUGCGGCUAGUGGAGGAUUUGUGGCACCAUUUUUGUAUCCAGAACUAGAAUGGGAUUUCAGACUUCCAUUAGUGAAGAGCAUCAAUGUCAGUGGCCACAAGUAUGGGCUGGUUUAUGCUGGGAUUGGUUGGGUUAUUUGGAGAAGCAAGGAGGAAUUGCCUGACGAACUCGUCUUCCACAUAAAUUACCUUGGAGCUGAUCAACCCACAUUUACCCUUAACUUCUCCAAAGGAUCAAGUCAAAUUGUUGCCCAAUAUUAUCAAUUCUUGCGCAUGGGAAUAGAGGGGUACAAAAAAGUGAUUAGCAAUUGCAUGGAAAAUGCUAGGAUACUUCGUAAAGGGCUGGAAAAAACAGGGCGAGCUCAGAUAGUUUCAAAAGAGAGAGGGAUACCGCUAGUGGCCUUUGCACUGAAGAACAAGAGCAAAAGGUCUGCAUUUGAAUUGUCAAAGGCCCUGAGGCACGAUGGCUGGAUUGUGCCGGCCUACACCAUGCCUGCUGAUCUGGAGCACAUGACCGUUCUUCGAGUUGUGGUGCGUGAAGAUUUAGGCCGCCAGCUCAUCGAAAGGUUAAUUUCGCAUAUCAAUGCUGCUCUAUCUGAGAUUGAAUACGAUGCACCUCUUGUUCCAACUCCAAAGAUAGCUUUCACAGUGGAAGUGACAUCAAGUGAUGAUAAAGAUGAGGCUUCUCUACUUAUACCAGCAACCUCCAUACAGUGGAAGCAGCAUAAGCCUCAAACUAUUAGCAAGGCAAAGGAGGUACAAGUGUUUGGUACUAAGACUAAGGGUGUUUGCUAA